AUGAUGCGAAGAUUCCGUUGCUCUUUAUCAGCUCUUGAAACAUUCUGCGGUUCCAAUCCCGUCUCCGCAAGCAUUUCUCCUUCAGUUCCCCGUACUUCGGCAGUCGCUGGUUUCAUUGCGCCCAGAUUUCCCUUCAAGAAUGAUUGGCGUUUGUAUUGUACUCAAAUGGCUGUUGUGUCAGAGCAAACCCUUAGUCCAGCUAGGAGGCGCAAUGACCUUAUCGAGCUCCACACCGAAAGACUGUGCGAAACUAUAUUGGGAACCUCCGAUUCAUUACAGCCCAAGCAGAAUCUUCACAUGGAGGAAGCACUGGAGCAGCUUGGUUUACAACUCACCACUGAUUUGGUCCUCGAGGUUCUUCACAGGCUUCGUUACGAUGAAAAGACGGCAUUCAGAUUCUUCACAUGGGCAGGGCGGCAGGAAGAUUAUGCGCACGAGGCUUGUGCUUACAACGAAAUGAUGGACAUUUUGUCGAGCACCAAGUACAAAGUGAAGCAAUUUCGGAUUGUGUGUGAUAUGCUGGAUUACAUGAAGAGGAGCAAUAGGAAGAGUGUUCCCGUGGAGGUUCUGUUGAAGAUUUUGACAGAUUACACGUUGAAGUACCUCACCCAUGUUCAGAAAUUUGCUAAGAAGAAGAGGAUUCGGGUGAAGACUCAGCCAGAGAUCAAUGCUUUCAACUUGCUUCUGGAUGCUUUGUGCAAGAGCUGUCUCGUUGAGGAUGCUGAAGCUUUGUUUAAAAAGUUGAAGAGUAAGAUUAAGCCAGAUAGCAAUACGUAUAACAUCUUGUUCUUCGGGUGGUGCAGAGUUAGGAACCCGACUAGAGCUAUGAAGGUUCUCGAUGAAAUGAUCGAGCUCGGUCUCCCACCUGAUAACUUUACUUAUAAUACCGCUAUCGAUUCAUUUUGUAGAGCUGGCAUGGUGGACGAGGCUGCUGGUCUAUUUGAGUUCAUGAGAACCAAAGGUUCGACACUUUCUUCUCCUACUGCAAAGACUUAUGCAAUAAUGAUUGUAGCUCUAGUUCAGAAUGAUAGAAUGGAUGAGUGCUCGAAACUUAUAGAACAUAUGACUGCAAGUGGUUGCCUUCCAGACGUCCCAACAUACACAGAAAUGAUUGAAGGAAUGUAUACAGCUGGCAAGACGGAUGAAGCAUACCGGUUUUUGAAAGAGAUGGGAGACAAAGGUUAUCCUCCUGAUAUAGUUACUUACAACUGUUUCCUAAAUGUGCUUUGCAAGAACAAAGAAGCUGAUGCAGCACUCAGGCUGUAUGGGCAAAUGUUUGAGGUUGAGUGUCUGCCUAGUGUGCAGACGUAUAACAUGCUGAUCUCUAUGUUUUUUAAGAUGGAUGAUUAUGAUGGUGCUUGUGAGAUUUGGGAUGAAAUGGAGAAAAGAGGGUGCGAUAGAGAUGUCGAUACCUAUAGUGUGAUGAUUGAUGGGCUCUUCCAUUGCAAUAAGAUGGAGGAUGCAUGUUGUCUUGUAGAAGAGAUUGUUGAUAAGGGCAUGAAGCUGCCUUAUCGGCAGUUUGACUCCUUCCUCAUGCAGCUUUCAGUGACUGGUUUGGAGCAACAGUUGCCAGUUCAACUUGGGGGGAAUUUUGUUUCCUCGAGAGGAACUCCAGGGACGCAAGCCAGCAUGCAAGAGUGCAGGCACAUGGCAAGCUGUUCGUUUAUCGCACAAUGUUGGUUGCUACAAGGCAUUUUGUACUCUAGAGGCUGGUGCGAGUUUCAGAACGAGAUUGUGGAUGAGCAACAUUGUCCGCCUUCCAUAGACUUGGAAGGUCAAAAUGCGCAUUAUGAAGAUAUCUCGUGUUAA